AUGAGCAUCGAGUACGAGGCAGAUUCAGCCGAAGAGCUCCAAAGCGCCGGGCCCAUUUGCACCUGUGCCAGCUCGCUCCAGCCGAACAAGGAGGAGCGCAAAGCCGAGGCAGAGGCGUCCGCUGCGAGUCCCGCGGACGAGGUCCAACUGUUGAGAGCGGCAAAGGCUGCAACGGCAGAGGUCAUCGAAGAGUGCCUUCAUGGACCUCGACAGGUUCAGGCGAGCUACCAGGAGUAUGCAUACCUCUUCAAGGAAGAGGUUGCGGGUGACAUGGACCCACUCGAUGUGGAGGCUGUGCGAGAAAAGACAGAUGCGUACCUGCAGGCAGGCACACAGAUUGAGAAGCUCAUGACCGAGGUGGUGAAGUUCCCUUUGUUCGAGCUGCACUGCAUGGACAUCAUCCAGCAGAUGUCGCAGAGGGCCUACCACCUCGCAGGCUGUUGCCUCCAGACUGUGGCACAGAGCAUCCAGGAGCGUUCGCAGGCAGUGCUCACGGAGUGGCACGAGACCCACGAGCACAUCCUGUCGAACCCGGAAGAUGAGGAGGAGUUGGCAAAGCUGAAGCAGUUCAUGAGCGACCUUCCGCAGCUCAAAACCAAGCCACUGAUGCAGACCACGCGGCACAUACACACUCAGAUCAACAUGCUUGCGGACUUCAGCUUUCAGAUCGACAAUGAGGUUGUGGAACGUGCCUUCUCCUCCUUUGCGUGGCCCCUGCAAAUCCAAAUCGAUGUGGGUGACUCUGAACGAAGCCUGGACUCUCAGAAGCAGAAGUUCAUGGAGAAGCUGGACCAAGAGAAAACAGAGUAUGAGCGGGACAUGGCUAGCUACCAGGAGGAUUUGGAAUGGCUCAGAGGUUUGAACGACUACUCGCUGGCCAUGAAAUGCGCUCAUCGCAUCUACUCUCUGAAAGAGAACUUGGAGAAGGCCGUGGUGCGGGUGCAAAGCUUCGUGGACAGAGAGCGGCUGUUCGGCAUGGAAGUGUCCGACUACUCCGCUGUGGAGGUCAUGAGCGAGGCCUUCGAGCCGUACUACAAGCUCUGGAACAGUGCCAUUGACUUCAAGCACUCAGAGGAGGAGUGGCUGCAGGGAGUGGUUCAGCGCCUGGUGGCCGAAGAGAUCGAGGCCAUGGUCGAAGAGCAGUACAAGGAGAGCUACAAGACCAUGAAGCAGUUUGAAGGCAAUGAGAAUCCGCUGGCAGUGGCCAAGGAUCUGCGAGAAGAAAUCUCGAACUUCCGUGCCAACAUGCCCGUCAUCCGUGCCUUGUGCCAGGAGGCCUUCGAGCCACGGCACUUCUCGGAUCUCUUCGAAGAGCUGCGGAUGGACAUGGACAUGGAGGAUGGCAUUACCUUGCAACAAAUGCUGGAAAUUGGCAUCCUGGACCACAUCGACACCCUGGAACGGAUCAGCGUGAAGGCGCAAAAGGAACACGGCCUCAAGACGGCCUUGGCCACCAUGAAGAAAGAGUGGCGUCCAAUCGAAUUUGGCCUUGUUCCACACAGAGCUGGCACGCAUAUGGUCAGAGGAAUCGAUGAGAUCCAGGCUGUGCUCGAUGACCACAUUGUCAAAUCAAUGGGUAUUCGUGGCUCGCCUUUCGUGGAGCCGAUCGAGAAAGAAGUGAAGGAUUGGCUGUUGAAGCUCACUUACAUCCAAGACCUUCUGGAGCAAUGGCUGGCGAUGCAGCGCUCAUGGCUGUACCUGGAGCCGAUCUUCAGUUCAGAUGACAUCCAGAAGCAGCUUCCCAGUGAAGCCAAACGUUUCCAGCAGGUCAACAUCCUUUGGCGAACUACAAUGGAGUCCGUUGCCGAAAAUCCGAACGUUCUGGAUGUGUCAGAGAUCGAGAACCUUCUUGCGAGUUUCAUCGAUGCCAACAAAAAGCUGGAUGCAAUCCAGAAAGGCUUAAACGACUACCUGGACACAAAGCGCUUGGCCUUUCCGCGCUUCUUCUUCCUGUCGAGUGAUGAGCUGCUCAUGAUCCUGUCCCAGACCAAGGACCCGACAGCGGUUCAGCCGCACAUGGGGAAGUGCUUCGAAGGCAUCAGCAGAGUUCGCUUCAACAACACAAACGAGAUCAUCGAAGCCAUGUCGUCUGUAGAGGGUGAGGUGGUCGAACUCGCCCAGCCCGUGAACGUGGUCGAAGGAGAGAAGAAGGGCAACGUGGAGAAGUGGUUGAUGGAGGUGCAAGGCUCCAUGAUCGACAGCCUGACGAAGGUGACCGGCAGUUCCCUCUUGGCCUAUGCGAAGACACAACGUGGCGGAUUGGCCGGCUUAACUGCUCUGGAGCAUCUGGCUGCAGCACACCGCUGCGUGCUGCUGGAAGCCUCUGCUCGCCUAGGAGGUCGCCUUCGUAGCAGAGAUUUCUGUGGCCGGAAGCUGGAAGAAGGAGCCAACUGGGUUCAAGGGCUGGGAAAGAAUCCAAUAUGGACCCGUGCACGAGAGUGCAACCUACAGGGACACACGGAGGACGAUGAAGCCGCCACGGUCUGCUUGCUCAGAGGCAGCGACGGGCCUGUGGAUGUGACGAAGGAGACGGGCGAACGCAUGGAGGUUUUGGAGAGCGCUCAGGAGUCGGUGGAGGGCAGCGAGGCCGGCAAGGGCUCACAGCCCGACCUCAGUCUCGCGGAUGCUUUGGCGCAACAAGGGUGGCCUCCUGCUGCCACCGCCAUAGACAUGGCCGUGGAGUUCUUGCUCGUGGACUUCGAGUAUGGCGAAAGCCCUGACAAAAUCUCUGUCAAGCACAACGUCCACGAAGAGCACACUCGAAACGAUUUCGGUGAGGAGACAUUUUUCGUGGAUGAUCCUCGGGGUUUUGGGACGAUUGCGCCGGCAGUGCCAGGAUCAUCUUCAGCGCUGCGGCAUGUGGCUCGUUCUCCGAAAGCCGUGGCCGCCUGCUUUGCCGCAAAGCAAACUCCCGAGAGCUCGCUGCGGUCGUUGGCCGCAGAGGUGGUGACAGGGCUGUGCACUUUUCGGCCUGGCACUGGGGCGGCAGGGUCUGGUUAUGCGCAUGCUCUACGACAAGACCCGACGGGAAGGCUUGCCGCAUUCCUUGAGGACGAGAUUCUUGCUCGAUCCGGUACGCUCAGUCCCAAGGCGAUUGCAAACCUGAGCGGCUUGCUUUACGGCUCUGGUGUAAGCUGCGAGAAGAACAGGGCUGUGAUGCAGCUUCGGCAAAGUGCCAUGCAGAAGCUUCAAGCAUUCUCGGCAUCUGAGCUUGUGGAUCUGGCAUCCGGGUUGGCAAACUCGCGCGUCAUGGACGAAAGCUGUUUGCAGACUCUGCGAAAGAGAAUGGAUGCAGCGGCCGGCAGGGGUGAUUCCGACGCCGGAUGCUCUCGGCACCUGGCUACGCCUGCUGCGCCUGCUUGCGACAGAAACUGGCCUUCGCCUUGUCCCGGCAUUCUGGCAGACUUGGAGACCGCAGUUGUCCUCUCGAAGCCAUCGGGCUGGUCCUGUGCCACCUCGAUUUCCGGAAAAGGCCUGCUGGCAGAGGGUCGCAAGAGGCCUCCAACCAUCUCUCAUUACUUGCAGCGCCUGGGUUGGGAGAGGGCCGUGUCGCAAGAUCCCUCUGUGGAUCACGGUCUUGUCCAUCGCUUAGACCUGGAGACAAGCGGUGCGUUGCUUGCUGCAAAGACAUUUCACAGCUACUGGCGGCUACGUUUGGACUUUUCCGCGCAGGAUGUUCGCAAGCGGUAUCUGGCUUUGGUCCACGGAUUUUUGCCACGGCAGUGGCAACGCCUUGACAUGCCCCUUCAACUACAGCGCAUUCCGCACUCCGACUCUUUACGGUCCGUUCGCUCCAAGUCAGUGGUCAACCAUGACUCUGGAAGGUCGGCCGAAACUGGAAUUCGAGCAAUUGCUCAUCUGCAUGGCAUAGGCGGAGGCCCGAUGUCACUGCUGCUUGCAGAGCCGCGGACUGGGCGAACACAUCAAAUUCGCAGCCACGUCUCGCACAUCGGCCAUCCGAUUGUCGGGGACUCGCUCUAUGCAACGGGCGACGAGGUUGUUGACGACUCUUGCCAACGAGUCUUUCUCCAUUGCUUUGCACUCAACUUUCUGGAGCCCGUGAGCACGCACGACGACCCUGUGAGUGUUGGUGUCAUCAAUGCUGCUGAUAUACUUUUCGACCCGCCGCUGCCAGUACCAAUGACGGCCGCACUUGGCUCCAUGAGGAUGUGCAACUACACCAAGGUCUUCGUCAAGCUGGAAGGGGCCUUGUGGGAGCCGGGCCUCCACUAUGUCCUCCGCGCUGGCCCGCCGCGCGGUCGCUGGGCUGUAUGGCAGCCUUUGGAGCCUGACCUGGCUAUCGUCACGGUCACCGGUGACGAGGGGCGUCGUGCCGAGCAGCUCCGCACCGAGGAGUUGAAGCACGAGCUCGCACUCGUACUCGAAGAGAUGCAUGAACGCCCGCCCGCCAUCGUCGAAGUCGAGGCCACCCGCUGGUCUUCCGAUCCCUUCUUCAGGGGUUCCUACUCCUUUCUGCCCACCAACUCCAUGACGGAGAACAGCUGGGAGGUGAUCAACGCAAGACAUGGAAGGCUAUUCUUUGCCGGAGAAGCGUUCCACCCGAGAUGGUCUGGUUAUUUGCAAGGAGCUUUUGCCUCGGGAAAGGACAAGGCACAGCAAGUGGAGCUGUUCCUGAAGUCGGAUGCUUCCACGCCCGAUGGAACCCAGUGGGUGCUCGAGUGGCCCGGCCAGGUCGUUAUUUGCAUCGACAAUGUCUAUUGGACCCAAGAGGUUGCGGUAGCCAUCGAGGCUGGAAAACUCGAAGCCUACUACAAGAAAAGCGUGGAACAACUGAGCGGCCUCGUGAAUUUGGUUCGUGGCGAUCUGUCGAAGCUGUCGAGGCAGACCCUCGGGGCAUUGGUGACUAUCGACGUUCACAACCGUGACGUGGUGCUGAGCCUGAAGGAUGCCAGGAUCUCCAGCUCGAAGGACUUCGACUGGAUUGCACAGCUGCGAUACUACUGGCGCCAGAAGGGUUCGAUUACCCUAAAGGACACCGGCAAGCCAAGUACGGUGGACAAGUGCGAGGUCUCAAUCAUCAAUGCCACCCUCUACUAUGGUUUCGAGUACUUGGGAAACAGCGAUCGCCUGGUGAUCACACCCUUGACUGACCGUUGCUACCGCACGCUAAUGGGUGCAUUCCACCUCUACUACGGCGGUGGCCCGGAAGGUCCCGCUGGCACUGGAAAGACGGAAAGCACCAAGGAUUUGGCGAAGGCAGUGGCUGUGCAGUGUGUUGUCUUCAACUGCUCAGAUGGCUUAGACUACAUUGCCAUGGGAAAGUUCUUCAAAGGCAUCGCAUCCUCCGGUGCUUGGUGCUGCUUCGACGAGUUCAACCGCAUCAACCUCGAGGUCCUGUCCGUGGUCUCGCAGCAGGUGCAGACAAUCCAGUUCGCCAUUCGAGACAAGAGGGAGACCUUCUGGUUCGAAGAGAUGGAGAUUAGGUUGGUGCCCUCCUGCGCGGUGAACAUCACCAUGAAUCCAGGUUAUGCCGGGCGAUCGGAGCUGCCGGAUAACCUCAAGGCACUCUUCCGGCCUUGUGCCAUGAUGGUGCCAGACUAUGCCCUCAUCGGUGAGAUUGUCUUGUAUUCCAACGGAUUUGAGGAUGCCAAAAAUCUUGCCCGAAAGGCUGUGGGCAGUCUUCGUCUGAGCUCCGAGCAGCUCUCUUCGCAGGAGCACUAUGACUUCGGCAUGCGGGCGCUGAAGUCGAUACUUGUUCGAGCCGGGGCUCUCCGCCGUCAAUACGGUGGCAGCCGGCCAGAGCAGGUCUUGGCACUGUCUGCGCUGAACGAUGUGAACCUGCCUAAGUUCACCCGAAACGACAUCCCGUUGUUCCUGGGCAUCACCGGCGACCUCUUUCCAGAAGUGGAGCUUCCGCCCUCCGACUACGGUGUGCUGAUCAACGAGCUUGAGGGUUCGGCCCGCAGCCUCAUUCUGCAGCCAGUGGACGGCUUCAUCAAGAAAUGCAUACAGCUCUGGGAAACCAUUAUGGUUCGGCAUGGCUUGAUGUUGGUGGGCCAGCACGUUUCUGGCAAAACAGAGGUGGAGAACGCAACGGGCUCGGACUUGUUGCUGGAGUUUGUUAAACGAAGAAUCUUGUCAACGGUGCCAUACAGGGUCGAGCUUUGGUUGGUUUGCUGCGGUGGCGAGGCAACCUCUUACCUCGUCUGA